AUGUCUGAUAUAACAAUGUUAAAACUCAAACCAAUUGAAAUCGAUAGCAAUCAUGUUGUUAUUAGUACGAAUACAGUUACACCAGCAAUUCAACAAUCAAACCCAAUAAAACGAUCUCGUAAAUCUGCUCAUCCAUCGAAAACAAUUCAGACAUCAACUGAAUCUUCUUUUAUAAGCUUGCUAACAAAAAAUACAAAAAAUAUUUCAAUUAAAGAAUUGAUUACUACUUCGACUUCUACAGAUGAUGAUUCACUUAGUUUACCACAUUUUGAUGAACAAGAAAAUACGAAUGACGAUCCUGAUACUGGUAGUGAUGACGAAACUUCAAUUACAUGUCAAAGUGUAACAUCGAAACGAUCACGUUUGACUUCUGAUAAACGAUUAGAGGCGAAUGCACGUGAACGUGAACGUGUUCAUAAUUUAACAGCAGCAUUUGAAUCAUUACGUCAACUUAUACCAAUGUAUGGUGAUCAACAGAAAUUGAGUCGUUUGUCAAUACUAAGAAUUGCUUGUUCAUAUGUUCUUGUACUGGGAGCAUUGAAUGAAAUUGAUUUUAGUCAAGAACAAAAUGCUUACACAUUUAAUGAAUGUUUUCAUAUACUAUCGAGUACAAUUUUAAGUGAACUUAAACGAAAACAACCUAAAUAG